GGCGGUCCCUGAAGCGUUUCCUAUUGGCUCAGCUGACGCUGGGAUCAGGGCACGUGCGCGGUUGCUAGGCAACCCACCACAGCGGCUGGGCCUGUGGCGAGGGAGGGAGCGUCGCGACGUCGGAACUGACGCGAGCAGCUCUAAUGGAAAGCCCAGUUAUGUUCAUGGAUAGUAAGGAUGUAUCAUCUGCAGCCUUCUCUGGAGAAACAAAUAUGAUAGAUGAACCUGGUACUUCUUUCAGUAGAGAAACAGGUGGCCUUGAAGACAUGAAAUUAACUGGGGAUGUUUCUGAAGACUCCAGCAGUACUAAUAUCAAACCAAAAUCCAUCCAGCGUGCCAAAACGUGGUCAGAUGAAGUUGAGAAUCUGUACAGAUUUCAGCAGGCUGGAUAUAGGGAUGAAAUUGAGUAUAAACAAGUGAAGCAUGUUGAUAUGGUUGAAAGGUGGCCGGAAACUGGAUUUGUGAAGAAACUCCAAAGAAGGGACAAUACUUUCUAUUAUUACGACAAGGAAAGAGAAUGUGAAGACAAAGAAGUCCAUAAAGUGAAAGUUUAUGCUUACUAAUUUUUGUUACAGUUCAGUAUAUUUGUUUUGGUGGGGAUUUUUUUUAGCUGAAAUGUUUUGAAAUUAUUUUAUUGCAGUUAUAAAUGAAAUUGAAAGUAUUAAAAGCAUGUUUGAGUCUAAAUUGAUCAGAUUUUAAAUAUCUUACUUUCUCUUUUCAAGACAAAUUCAUAGAAUUAUGGUACAUAGACUGUGCAGUUAUUACAAACAAAAGUUUCAUUUAGGGAACAGUGAUUCCACUGCUACUUAAAUUUAGUACAGGCCAUUUUUAUGACUCUGUCAACAAUUAAUAUAUGUCUCAUCAGCACAUUUAAAUAUUUUUCUUUUCUAAAGACAAAGGAUAUCAAUUAUGUUUUUAAAAAUGGAGAGCACACCUGUAGAAUUGGAAAUGAUUUGCCAGCAUUGCUGUUGAUAACAACUAUUUUUAGUAGUGUCGUUGAGUGCACUUUUGCCACUAGAAAGAUAGAUAAUAUAUAUUCCUAUUUGCAAGGUUACACACGGUAGUUCUCUAAUGAAUACAGUUGGCCCUCUGUUUCCGUAGAUUAUGCGCUUCCCACAUUCAACUAUCCACAGCUUGAAAAUACAUUUUAAUGCAAAUAGUUAACCUUUAACUAUGGAAUUUUACACAGUAAGACUUCGGCAUCCAUGGAGUUUGGUAUCCACAGAGGAUCUGUCAAGGUCAGACGCCAGCCAAUUCAUAUAAUAAAGUUUAUUGCUCAAACAAACUCAAAACAGCCCCAAAUCAGUCUAAAAGGCAUAAAACACUCAAUCUUCAGUGUGAAACAGCUCAAAAGACAAAAAAAACCUCCAAAAAGCUAAACCAGAAUACAAUCUGGACUAUCCAGAGAUAUAAUCCAGAUUAAAUUUAAAAUGCUUAAAUUCAGUUCAGACUUGCUCCGUCAAACGACUGGAGCAAGAAAACUGUUGAACAAUGUUUGCAGCUCACUCCAGUUACUGGGAUUUAUAGUUCACCUACAAUCAAAGAGCAUGGCAGGGGACAGCUAGUAGUCAAUAAAACAGAAAAAGAUGUUUUUCUGAAACUCCCUGCCUUUCUCCAUUAUCCAGCAGAUAUUGGCAAUUUGGUCUCUCAUUCCUCUGCCUUUUCUAAACCCAGCUUGUACAUCUGGCAACUCUUGCUCCAUGUAUUGCUGGGUGUAGAAGAAGGUAUUUUGUUUAGAUCAAGGUGUCUGCUCUGAGGUUCAGAUCUGAAUAUGGUUACCCACAUUUGUCUCCCCACUUAUUUGUGUUGUCCCAUAAAACAGUUUGCAGCAUUCUUAUUGCUUAAAGCAGUUCUGUUGGAAACAAAAUAAUGGAAACUGUCACAAUAAAACAGGUUUAAUGUUAGGGUACAAUGCAAAAUUUUGGAGAACCUGCAUUGGCUCAGUACCUGCAGCAAUGCAGUUAUGCCUGCGAAACAAAACAAGACAUUUGCCUGAUAUUGUCUGCUAGCAAGGUAAAAGAUUGUCCUCAGCUUUUAUGGCAGCUGAGAACAAGUAAACAGCUGCAUCAUUUGCUCUCUCAUAACCAGAACCUUUUUUAGCUCCAUCUGUAUACUUGAACUGUUUAGAUCUAUCAGAUUUUGCCACGUGAAUUCAAAAGUGUCAUGAUGACAUGGUUUAGAAUGAAUAAAAUAUAAAGCUGGUUUAAA